AUGAAAUUUACAACAAAUUGUUUGUCAUUUUUAUUGUUGACCACUUUGUUAUUAAGUGAAUCUACUAAUGGACUAAUCAAUUCACACACUUUGAUAGCUAAUACUGCUAACAUCAAACGAAAUGCUGUAACUGCUGCUGAUGAUCCCGUUGAUAGGACUGUAACCCAUUAUGGCGUGCCUCAAACUGAUAGUGCAACAAGAUUCCAAUCAUCAAUGACUGCUGAAACUGCAAAUAGCACCGUUAGUGCUCAUAAUAAUGGGAAUCAACUACAAAUUGUUACUGGCGCACCAAUAAUAGCUGUAAUGGGAUUGGUAUUAGGUCUAUUCUAA